AUGACUUCUCAUGUUAUUCAAAAAGAACUUGCAAAUGCAUGUGCCGUUGAAACUGUUAAAAAAAUAGUUGAAGAAAUUGGAGAUGGUUUCUUUAGUGUUCUUGUUGAUGAGUCUGGUGAUUGCUCCAGUAAAGAACAAAUGACAGUAGUUGUGCGUUUUAUUGAUGAUAGAGGAUUUAUUGUCGAACAAUUUAUUGGCAUUGUUCAUGUUGAGGAUACAAGUGCGGAAGCGCUUAAAGAUGCUCUUGAAACUUUGUUGUUGAGAUUUGGAUUAUGUAUAUCUAAAAUUCGAGGACAAGGAUAUGAUGGAGCAAGUAACAUGAAAGGUCAAUUUGGUGGAUUGAAAACCUUGAUUCAAAAAGAGAAUCCACAAGCCUGA